CGUUAGCUCCAUUACUCUGUCUUUCUCGCUCUCUAUGAGAGGAGGAACGAUCUAAGAUAGGCACAGAGAGAUGGCGAUGGAUCGGAUGGAUCGGAAGCCAUCGAAAUUCUGGCCGGUAGAGGCGGCGUUCCUAGCGGCGGUGAAAUCCGGUGACCUACAAGCCGUCAAGGGAUUCCUGAUGCCUGUAGCAGAGGGUGACGCGGAGGAGGAGGAGGACGACGACGACGAGAAGGAGGAAGAAGACGGGGAAAGUGAGAGGAUUCGGUCUUUGAUAGUCGCGCAAAACGAGGCAGGGGAGACGGCCCUUUACAUCGCCGCGGACAACAACCUCUGCGAGAUCCUCAAGCUCCUCGUUAGAUUCUACGACCUGCCCGCGGCUCAGAUCAAGUCCCGCAACGGCGUGGACGCUCUCCAUGUUGCAGCCAAGAACGGCCACACAAGUAUUGUCUUAGCACUGGUCUGUACGUGGCCUGCCCUUUGCCAAUCCACUGAUCUUACCAACACGUGUGCACUGUACAUUGCUGCAGAAAAAGAUCAUUUGGAUAUAGUAAAUACAAUAUUAGAUGCCGAUGAGAGUGCAAUAAGGAUUGUGCGGAAAAAUGGGAAGACAUCUUUGCACAGAGUUGUUAGACUUGGUCAUCUCCGAAUUGUUCAAGCGCUUUUGAGUAGAGACCCAGGGAUAGUAUCUAUAAAGGACAAGAAGGGGCAGACUGCACUUCAUAUGGCUGUAAAAGGGCGCAGUCCAAAUACUCCUGAUAUAGUUCAGGAAUUAUUGGGAGUUGAUUCCUCCAUACUCAAUGAAAAGAACAAGAGAGGAAAUACUGCUCUACAUAUAGCCACGGAGAAAUCACGUUCAGAAAUUGUGAGCCUUCUUCUCACAUAUAAUCACAUUGAUGUCAAUGUUAUCAAUAAUCAGAAGCAAACAGCAAUGGAUCUGGCCGAAAACCUUCGUUAUAGUGAUUCUGCAUUAUACAUAAAGAAAAUUCUGUUAAAGGCUGGUGCAUUACGUGCUUAUUGUGUUGGACAACCAGACGAGCAAGUAGAGCUUAGGAGAACGGUUAGCUAUAUUCGACAUGAGCUGCAAUCACAACUGAUCCAGAAUGACAAAACACACAAACACAUGGUAGGAAUUGCGAAACAGGUGAGGAAACUUCAUCGGGAGGCAGUCAACAAUACAACGAAUUCUGUUACAGUUGUUGCUGUCCUGGUUGCUUCUAUUGCUUUUGUGGCUAUAUUCAAUAUGCCAGGGCAAUAUAUUAGCGAUAGCAGUGACGGUGAUGUUGGUCAAGCAAAUAUAGCAGGCUCAGUGGCCUUCGACCUGUUCUGUAUCUUGAAUGCACUCGCACUCUUUAUAUCUCUGGCUGUUGUGGUGGUUCAAAUAACAUUAGUUGCCUGGGAAACUAAGGCUCAGAGGCAGGUCUUGGCAGUUAUGAAUAAGCUGAUGUGGGUUGCCUGUCUUUGCACAUGUGCAGCAUUUCUUUCAGUGGCCUACGUUGUUGCUGACACAUGGUUGGCCAUUACCAUAACAGUACUUGCUGUACCCAUUAUUCUUGGGACACUGGUUGGCCUAAUGUGCUUCGGGUCUCAACGAAAACUCUGGAAGUCAGGUAAUGAUUCUGAGAGGCGAAUCAGGAGGUCUAGCAUUAGUAGAUCCUUUUCGUGGUCUGUGCGUUCAACUCUUUCUGAUAUUGAAGCUUACGACUCUGACUAUGAUCGCAAGAUAUAUGUUGUUUAAGCAUACAUACUUGGAACUUCCCGUGCCCAGAGGCGAGAGGGCAAGAGGGAGAUAGUUUUGGUGGAUAAGGAAUCUUGUUAGGUGAUUGUUGCUUCACCUUCAUCUUUCUACUUGUACAUACUAAUAUACAUACGCGAUAGGUAGCAGCUGCACUGUAACUUAUAAAAUGUAAUGUGCUCCGGAAGCUUCUUAUUGAGCAUCAGUUGUGUUUCGGCA